UUGGACUCGAUGAUCCAAUGGGUCCUUUCCAACCUUGUGAUUCUGUGAUUCUGUGAAUAAUUUGAUAUGAAACAUGGGGCCACAUGGUAGUCACGUAUGCUAGAAGUGCAUAACGUAGCUCAGAAAGGCCUAGUCUUGUGUUAGCCUCUGUGAAGCAGGGUAGGAAAUGCAGAUUUUUCUCCAAGUUCCUUACUAUGCUUGAAAUGCAUAAGUUCCUCAGCUUAAAGAUGUGUCCUAACACUCCAUCAUUGGAAUUUUCCAUCAUUAUCACUCUGUUCCUGUAUCAAUACUUGUCCAGACGUUUUCUUCAAGGCCACACGACCAUUGCGUUAAGAAGCAAGAAGCUGAUAACGCCAACAAGCCAGGAGGCCAGUGCACUGACCCUUGCCAAAACAGGCAUUGUUUCCUGGGAAGAUAAGAGUCUACAGCCUCCAUGGGUGGACCUCCAGAGUGACCAAUGAGCGUGGACACACGCCAAGGUCCGCUCUCCCCUUUCUCUUUAUAACCAGGGCUGCCGGGGCAAGGAGUCCAAACCUGCUCUGAGCGUUCAUUGCAAGGAGCCUGAAGCCUGCAAACCUCCUGCACGAUGACACUGACUCAAGCUGAGAAGGCCGCCGUGGUCGCCAUCUGGACAAAAGUGGCUACCCAAGCCGAUGCCAUCGGGGCGGAAUCCCUGGAGAGGCUUUUCUCCAGCUACCCUCAGACAAAAACCUACUUCCCUCACUUUGAUCUCAGCCAAGGCUCAGCUCAACUUCGUGGUCAUGGCUCCAAGGUCAUGAAUGCCAUUGGGGAAGCUGUGAAGAAUGUUGAUGACAUUAGAGGCGCUUUGGCCAAGCUCAGUGAGCUGCAUGCUUACAUCCUCAGGGUGGAUCCAGUGAACUUCAAGCUGCUUUCCCACUGUAUCCUGUGCUCCGUGGCUGCCCGCUAUCCCAGUGACUUCACCCCAGAAGUUCAUGCCGCAUGGGACAAGUUCCUAUCUAGUGUUUCCUCUGUUCUGACCGAGAAGUACAGAUAAAGGUCCUCCACAGAGGGUGAGGGACGCGCAUCCAUGGUGCACCCAGGCUGCCAGGCUCUGGGGUAUCCACUCCCUUUCAAAUCCC